CUUUGUAGGAAGGAAUUGGAUGUACCAAUGAAUAUGAACAGUUUGGGUCUUGCUGGAUCAUGUGAACCGAUAUAGCUAUGAUCAUGGAUUCCUGCGAACAACACAUCGGUCGAUCAAAUGUAGGUGUAAGUUUGUAAGAAGAAAACAAAAACCCAUAAGAGAGAAUCUGAGCAAUCGCACCUUGACGGUGGAAGAACAGCUUCCAGUCUCAGAAUAUGCAAGAAGAAUCGAUGAUUUAGCCAUUAAACAGCUUCUAUAUUGAAAGUGAUACUGUAUUCAAUAGUCACGGGCAUGUCGAAACGUCUUUGCGAGAUGUUUAGGAGAUUAAGUAUAUAAACACCGCCUGGAAGAGGAAUACAAAGCAUUGAAUGUUUGAAUGUGGUAGUCCAAAGGAGUAAAUGCUUCUUAAUGGCGAUGAAUUGAUGUAUCCAUAACGUUUUAGAGGAGAAGAAUCUUAGACGAACGGACGCGAACAAAGCUAGAUCCAGAAACUAAUAAAAAAAAUUGAUCCAAAGAUUCAUCAGGAAGAUACAUCUCGAACUAUAUGGUUCUUGAUUGAGAAGGAUUCGUACGACGUCGGAUGGAAGGUGACGCUUAAACCUAAACGUUAAAGUUGAUUUCUAUUGGGCUGGCUGACUGGUUUCUUCAUCCACACUUGAGGCCCAAACACAUUCAUAAAAGCUCGUAUCAAUUGCAGUUAAUGAAACGGCGCAUUUUCCUUACCUGGACACGUGUCACGCCCACAAAACUCGAAUUUCCUAGCUGGAUGCUGAUGUGGCGCGCCCAGGAGAGAGGAAACUCUCUUUUAUAUAUAAAGAUUAAUACAAUAGAUAAUCUAUAAGAUUGGGUCUAAAUGAUGAGCAAGAAAAUGAGUGGGAGUGAAUUUUUUAUCAUUCGUUACAAUUUACAUUAUUUACAAAUAAUAUUUGUUCCUUAUAAUUUCUUAACAUUCCUUAAAAUUUAAGGAAUAAUAGAUUACAAUUAUUCCUUAUCAAAUUAGGAGAUGAAUAAUUUUUUCUCUUGUUUUAUUCCUCUUCAUUCUUUUCUUUCAUAUUCCUUAUAUUUUUUUAUGGUCACCAGUUAGAGCCAAUCUAUAUCAUUUGAAAAGCCGAAACGUUUAGAGAUUUCUACCUAAAUAUUUUAUAAUGUAAAAUCUCAUUGCAUCAUAACUAAAAAUGCAAUCAUGAUGAGAUUCCCUUGCAUUAUUUUAUACCUUUGGUCUAAUUACUAUCUACAUUAUAUAUUACAAAAUUUUCACUUAGUUUAAUUUACAAAAAUAUAUUUGAAAACAAACAAAUAAUAAAAUUUAAAAAAAACCCAAUAAAAUGCUAUGGUAACUAUUUUUAGGGAUAGCACUAGGUUCGUUCAUGGAAGUACUGCAGAGGCGGGCGUAGUCCAAAUCAACAAGAAUGUUGAUGAACCACUGAGGUUUUAAAGACAAUUUCAGUUCAUUCUGGGGUUAACACUCUCAUCCGUUUGAUGUUUGAAAGGCUGAGAGGUCAUUGUGAAGUAUAUGAGAUGUUAACUCAUGAUUUAUGUGUGUGUCUUGUUCAAAAUGGUGGUCCCUAAUAUGGAGGAGUUGAUGAUGAAACAUCUGAUAAUGCCAUUUUAGACAAUUUAUCGAGCCAAAGUGUUCACAUUGAGAAGUUACAUGAAGACAAUCAGAGAGAAUAGGAUGUUGUUGUGCCUGAGUAUCCAAAAGAGGAUCACAAUGAAAUGGUGCAGAGACUGCAGGAGGCUAAUGAUGGGUGAUGAACUUCGGUCAUGAACAACAAUACAAAAUAUGUCCACCAACGAUCUUAACAUGCAGGAGAUGUUUAAUCUGUAAACCCUUUUGCUGACAAAGGUGACGUUAGAAAUGGAUUAAAACGUAAGGGAUGGUUAACAUCAUCAGAUAGUAGUACAAGUAAAUUUACAUAAGAUAAAAAGAAGAAAAUGAAGCAGAGCGAAAAUAGGUAAGCGGAACAAAACAAAGCAAAAGGCUGAUAUGAAAGGUGAUACAAAUGGAACGAGCUCAGUAAAUGAGGAAACCAACAACACUGAGAGAGGCAAGGUGGGCCCAUAAACACCUCUUCCAACAUGAGAGUAUUGUCUAGGUCUAAACAUUGACUCGACAGUCCAACGUCUAAGGAGAUAAUCAAAAGUAUCCCCCAUACAUUAUUUGCCUAUUUAAAACGUAGCACCAAGAUGACUAUUGCUAUGUAAGUGCAUAAUUAGGUUUUCUACAUUAUGUAAUAGUCCAUGAUCUUGGACUUAGUGGUGGUUUGGUGAUUUAUUGGAAGUAUCAUGUACAUUUUAAUUUUGUUAGUCAUUGUUAUAAUAUGAUGGAUUGUAAAGUUCUGUGUAAUGAUUUUUUUCUACUUUUCAAUUAUGUAUGUUCACCCAAAUCCAUCGUUUAGGCAACAUAUAUAGGAAAGAUUGGAGAGAAUGAGUACUAAUAGACAAGGAGAAACUUAGUUAGAAUUAAGAGAUUUUAAUAAGAUCUUUGUUAAUAUGAAAAAAAACUCGAGGAAGAAUCAGGUCGGAAGUAUUUUUUUUAUCCAUUCUGAAACAUGAUGAGAAGUUGUGGUACUUUUCUUGAUUUAAACUUUGUUGGAAACAUAUUCUCAUGGGUGGGACAACGAAUAACCCAUCAUGUUCAAUGUUGUUUGGACGUAUUAUGGCAAACAUUGAAUGGUCUACAAUGUUUUCUGCACUAUAACAGAAGAGUAGAGUCAUGUGGUUAUGAGCUGAUGAUUGUAAUACCAAAUACUUUCAUGCCAUAAUAACACUUAAGAAAUGAAGAAGGAUUUAUUUUCAUAGGUCAACAAGAGAUUGCGGGGGUAGCAGAACAAUAUUUCCACAACAUCUAUAUGAUAUUGUGUUCUUGGGGUUUGAAAAGAAAGUCAUGAAGUAUAUGAAUAAUGAUCUAACAAGGGCGAUAACAAGAAAAUAGUAUUAUGAAGUUUUAUUUUUGACUAUGACCUCAUAAAGGUGUUGGACCUGAUGGUUUCUCAAUAAUUUUUAUCAACAAUUUUGGGAUGAAUUAAUCUAGGAGAUUAUAACAAAGGUGAAUGAAUUAUUUGAAGCAGGAAAGUUUGAACCUCAUCUUAAUAAUCAUAUCAAUCUACGCUUGAUCCUAAAGGUAUUUCCACAAAAAAGAUGAAAUUUCUUUAUGCAAUGUUAUUUACAAUAUAAUUUCAACUUUGUUUUUGGAAAAUCAACUCAAGAAGCAUCUUGGUGAUAUAUUCACAGAAAAUCAGAAUGCUUUCAACCCGGGAAGGAUGAUAAUUAUAAUAUUAUUGUCGCAUAUGAGAUAUUCCACAGACUGAAGUUCCCUAAGAAACAAGCUAAAUCAUAUUUGGGGAUUAAAAUAAAUAUGACAAAGGUUUAUUAUCGUUUGGAAUGAGAAUUUUUCUCAAGUCAAAAUGAGGUCUAUGGAGAUCGUUGAGAAGUGAAUAUAUUGGAUCAUUGAUUUUGUCACUACAGUUUGUUAUUUUAUUUUGAUCAAUGGUUCGUCUGAAGAAUUAGUGGAACUUACCAAAGGGAUUCGACAAGGUGAUCCACUCUCACUUUACCUCUUUAUUUUAUGUGCAGAUUCUCACACAUAAUGAGAAACCUCACGAUGGGAUGAAGAUCGCCAGUACUGCACCUCUAGUGAAUCGUCUACUAUUUGCAGAUGACUGGCUUUUCUUUACCUUGGCUAACUGGAAAGCAGGAAGAACACUUAAAGAAAAUUUUAAAACUUAUAUGAAAAUAUCUGACGGCAAACUAUAAAUCUAUAGAAGUCUUACAAAAGAUUCGGCUGUCAAGUUUCAUCAGUCAAAAGAAAAAUUAUGUUAGUCAUACACAAUAAAGGAGGCUUUAGGAAUUAUUUGGAAUUGCUUGAUCAGAAUUUUGGAAAUCGAAAGAGUGAAAUGUUCAAAUACAUUAUUGAUAAAGUUAGAUCAACAACUCAAGGUUGGAAUAAACAAUUUCUUUAUCUAUGUGAUAAAGAAGUAGUAUGAAGCGUAUGUCCUUGUCAUGCCAAUAUUCUCGAUGAAUGCUUUUAAGAUAUCAAAGCAAAUUUUGUGACGAGAUAAAAAGCAUUUUAGCAAGGUUAUGGUGGGGAUCGGGAAUGAAAGAAGAGGGUUACAUUGGCACGCUUGGGAUAGAGUUUGUGUUCCUAAGAAAGAUAGUGGGCUGGGUUCAGAGAAUUAUAAAGUUUUAACCUAGCUUUACUUGGAAAGAAAGUCUGGAGGAUACUUCAACAUCCAACAUGCCGCAUGUCCCGGAUUCUUAAAUGUAGAUAUCUCCAGAGGUUAAUAUGUUAUAGCAGUGCAGAAAAAUAAUUUUUCUUGUGAAUGGAAGCGAUGGUUCAUUUAUAAGCAUGCAGACAAAUCUGUGGAUUCCUGAUUAUCCACCCAAACCUCCAAGAGCAUUAAAACAAUCCAGGUAUUUAAACCGUUUGGAUUUACUUCAAUGAAGAUGGAAACAAAUGGGAUGAGGAAAGGCUCUGAGAUGGUCUCUCCUGAGGAUGUAGACAUAAUUGUAUCACUCAGUAUUACAUCUAGAAAAAUUUUAGAUCUACUAGGCUGGCAUUAUAAUGAAGAUAGAAUAUAUACAGUGAAGUCUGGUUAUUGUUUAGAUACACAUCUACCAUUCACUUCUAUGUUGAAUCCUAUCUUUAGAAAUGUAUAUAUUAAAUGGUGCUUGAAAGUAACUUGCCUACUUAAAUCAAACAUUUUCUUUGGAAAACGAGUCCACGAGCCUUGGUCACGUGAAAUAAUGUAUCUAGAAGAUAUAUCACAAGAGAAGGCCGAUGUAAGAGAUGUUGCUCAGCUGAUGAAACACAUAAUCAUAUUUCUUUGAUUGCAUAUAUGCAUAAAUGGUUUAGUGAGACUAUGGUAUAUCUAGUGAGACUAUUAAAAAUAGCUCAAUGACUUUUGAAGAACGCUUGGAGAAAUUUCUAACCUAUAAAACUACAUAUUCACAACCACAACAUCUUCCCCUAUGGGUUUUAUGGCGUCUAUGGAGGAAUCGAAUGUACUAAUUUUUUACCAGAAAAUAUAUAUUAGAAUUCAAUUGUUAGACAAGCUCGAAGUGAUGCAAAACAAUGGAAAGAUUGUGAACAAUGUCAGGAUAAUCACCAUGGACAAGUACGCUCUUUAACUUCAGGAAGAACAAAUAAGCAAGUUUGGGAAUGACCAUAGGUUGGCUGGAUGAAGUGUAAUGUGGAUGGUUCAUACAUCAGUUCAGCUACUCCCACACAGGUAUGAUGGAUAGUAAGAGAUGAUAAAAGAUGGUAUCAAAGAGCUAGCCAAACAAAAGGUAUGAAAACUGAGAGUCCAAUGGAAUGUGAGAUACAAACACUCAUUAUAGCUAUAAAACAUUGUUGGAGCCGAAGUUUUACAAAGAUAAUUUUUGAAAAUGAUUGCAAAAAGUGGAUAGUAUUAAUCGUAAAAUGCUACAAUUUGAUAUGUACAGCUAGAUUCGUGAAGCAAUUUAGUGGAAGAACAAAUUUAAAAUUAUACGAUUUCAGUGAAUUGGUAUAGAAGGCAACAAAGAAACAUAUAUAUUGGCAAAACAAAUUAUCCGGACCAAUGUUUUAGUUUAUUAAUAUCAAUAUCCAAUAUAUAUAUUGGCAAAACAAGUUACUCCUAUAUCAAUAUCCAAUGCAUAUUGCACAUGGUUAUGUAUGCUCGCAUUCAAAAUUAAUGAAAGUAAGUUGAUUUAAAAAUAAAAAUCGUAAACAAAUGGAAAUGUGUAAAAUGAACUUAGUCAUUCUAAAAGUAUUAUAUACCCCAAAUGUUAUAUGAUAAGAAUGUACUGUUCAAAAUACAUGCAAGCUAUGGCUAUGCUAAAAUUGAUGGCCAUGGUUAUGGUAAAAUACAAAAAAAAAUUCUUAAAAAAAUACUAAAAUUUAUUCACACUGAUAAUCGUGCACGUAGGUCGCGAAGGAGCAUGUAACGUUUACCAACCGUUGCAAAGUCGACACUAAAGUCUAAAGCCUAAACCAAAACAAAAUGCGACUUUAGAGAUGUUCGUAUAUGGGCUUACAGUAUUGGCCCAUUUAGGUUAAGUUCUAGGCGAGUGUUUACUGAUAAAGGCCUAACUAAGCUGUGCUUUGUACAAAUAUUAUUAACGACACGCUCUUGGUUAUCAGGACAAAAGAAAGCAAGUGGCAAAUUGGCAAUGCCGUCUCUGUCAAGCAGCUGGCCAUUCGCAAUACUUGCAACAAAAUUAAAACAAACGAAGUAGUUAAUGCUAUAUUUCGUUACAAUUGUUUAGAUAUAAUUUUAGAGAUCAUAUCAAUAAUUGAUGUCUUUAUGUCCGACUUGUAUUGCAUACGAACGUGAUGUCAUUUUCCUGGGUAUUACAUUAGUUAGUUGAUUGAUGAGUAUUAUUAAUUGAUGGAACUAACUAGAAAGUCAGAAUAAUGGAAAAAUAAAUAUUUAAACACAUAUAUGAUCGUGAUAAAUGAUUUCUUUUCUUUCAUUCAUCACUAUAUAUUGGUUCAUAUUGGUUUAUCAAAGUCCUAGUGCAUAAUAAGAUGAACGAGCCUUGCGGUAAUGUGAACGAGGCAUGCAUUUAAAUGAACUCGUUGAGAAAAAUGCUCCAAAUAUGAAAUUGAAAACAUAAAUUGAUGCAAAUUGCUAAACAAUAGGAUACAACUUAAAUGUGUACAAUCGAAUUAUUCGUCCAACCAUGUUGUUGUGAAAACGUUUAAUCGGGUUUUCUUCUUCUUAUAGUAUACACGUGAUUAAUCUAGAAAACUCGAAUGACUACCAUUCUCUUACAUAAAAUCGUUAGCUAAUAUUACUCAAAAUUCUGUAAAGAAAAGAAAUUCAUCUAUAAAUCUUAUAAAAUUAGAGAUUAAUACGUUUGCUACCUAAAUAGCUCGCUAAGCUUUGAAAAGGAUUGCUGUUCAGUCAUAUGUUAAUUGAGAGUUUGGCUCCACACAUUUGCGGUGUUCAGAGCAUCAGUAUCAAAGAGAAACUCUCAAGGAUCUCUUUACCAUAUUUUACAUUUACUAAAUAUUAUUAUUUUGUCACCACAUUUUAAAUAGAAAAUGUGCUAGACCAAUAAACAAGGCACACAGAGAAUGAGUCUUUUGAAAAAGCAUGGGAGUUUCUUCAUCAACAAGUGUCUCAUAUUUUUUGCUCUUAUAUAUAAAACAUUUACUACUAUGUGGUUCGCACAAAAGUUACAUGUCUUGAUUGCUUCAUAUAUUUUUGUAAGUAUUAUAAAUAUAUUCUUUUACAUAAAAUUUUUUUAUGAUAUAACGAAGUAGCAUUUCCAUCAAUAAAUCAUAAGUUCUAGAAGCUUGUGGAUUUCUUUUGAUUGUUGUACAUUCUGGGAAGGACAUAUAAUACUAUACCUGUGUUAAAAUAUACAGAAAGAUGAGGAGAUGUAAUAUUAUACCGGUAUUAAUAUAUUUUGGGAAAGACAUAAUAUUGUAGAGAUGACCAGAAGCAUUGGAAUGGAAUCUAAGCAGAAAAGGGGGAGACUGAAUUAUAUAAAAACCACAUGAUUAUACUUUUUAUGGUAAUAGUAAAGGUUCUUAAACAAUCGACAAAUAGUCAGUUGUGGAACUCUGUACGAUCUUUUCAUAUUAAUGGCCUUUCAUCAAUUAUUAUUAAUAUGUAUAAUGAAUUAAAGAUACCCUAAUGAGUCGUCUUUUUUUAGUCAAUCUUGUAUUCUUUUUGACAUGAAUAUUCAUGGUUAACAGAAACAAUUUUCUGAUAUUACGUACUCUACUAAAUAAAUAGCAAAAAUACAAAAUGAAUGAAUUUACUAGUAUAUUGGUUACAAAUUAAAAAAAAAACUGGGUGAAAAAGUAAAUAAUAGAAAAGUUGAUAAGAAUAUAAUUAGUUAAAACUAAAAUAGCAAAUAAAUAAAUAAAUUAAAAUCACACAUUUACACCAAAAUAUAGUUUAUUAAUUAAAGCAAUAUUUACCUAGUUUUAAAGUGUAUAUUUUAAGAUAAUUUGCUAGGUUGAUCAACUAAAUAAAUAAAAAUCAAUUUGCCAUCCUCUCUUGACCGUCUUUCAAAACUUUGGACCAUACGACUUUGACUCUCUCUCUCUCUUUCUAAAAUCUUUCCAUCGUAUUUGGCUGCUUCUUCUCUCUACUUUUCUUCACUUUAAUAUUUUCUAUGUUUUCAAAUAAGAAAAUAAAAAUAGAACGAAUAACUUUCCCUCCCUCCCAUGUCUCUCUCUGGUUACACAUAAGCUACGCGAUGGAGCUCUCUAAUUAUCUAUCCUCCUUCCUCAUCUUCAUCUUCAAAUUCUCAUAAUCUUCUGUUGUGUUUGGGAGAAGGUGACAUCAUCCUUCAUGGACGCAAUCUUCUUAACGGAUGAUCCGAAUACCCGGAAACAAUUAAUUGGGUCGCUAGCUCAUUCUUUCGGAUGCAUCUACGUUUCUCUCUGGUCCUAUUAUUUUCCUCGACCGUCUAACUACUUGAUAUCAUUCGAUGGAUAUUACAAUGAAGCAUCUAACGAGCCUUCUACGUCUACUGGAAGUUUAGCGAGAAGAUUGUUCCAUGAGUAUCGCCAAUCCGUCAUUCCUCUCCAAAAUGGACAUAUACCAAGCAUGGCGUUCAUGAAUAAUCUCCCAUACCUAGAGAUUCAGACACAAGAUAUUCAAAGACUUGCUUCUAACGACGCACAGCGUCUCUUCUAUCAGGAAGCAAGGAUUCAGACGGUGAUAUUCAUGGGUUGUCGGAGCGGGGAGAUCGAACUCGGAUUGACGUAUGAUGCUGCAAAUAUGAAAGUAGAAGCAAGUCUUCGAGAUUGGUUCCCUGAAGAUUUCAGUAGAAAAACUUCUCCGGUCAACUCAGACUAUCUCCGGCCACAGCCUCCUCCGUCUUCAUCCUCUUCUUCUCUUAGAUCACUAGACAGUCCCCAAAACGCCUCCGAAUAUUCCUCUCUCUUAUUCCCACUCAUCCCUAAACCUUCAACGACGACUGACGCCGUUAACGUUCCGUUGCAUACGCUGCUAGCUCCGGUCACCACAGCAGAAACAACGACCAACAUGAUCCAUCAACAACAACAAGAGCCUUUGUUUCGCAACCGUGAACGUGAGGAGGAAGUAAUGACGCAAGCUAUCUUAGCGGUUUUAUCGAUGUCUUCAAGUCCUUCGUCGCCGCAGCGAAAAGGAAAGGCCACCGCUUUUAAGAGAUACUACUGCGUGGCUAGCGGCGGCGGUGGGAGCGGUAGAGCACCGCAACCGCCGAGUGUACGGAGGCAAAGUAUGAUGAAAAGAGCUAUUUCGUUCUACAAUAGGCUUAACAUUAACUGGAGAGAGCGUUUUCCCGCUACUGGCGGCGGCAGUGAUGGAAUCGGUGGAAGCGGUGGCGGGCGUGGGCCAACCGCAACGCAGUUGCAUCAUAUGAUAUCGGAGAGGAAACGGCGAGAAAAGCUUAAUGAGAGCUUUCAAGCAUUAAGAUCUCUCCUUCCUCCUGGAACUAAGAAAGAUAAAGCAUCGGUCCUCACCAUUGCAAGGGAUCAUCUAACUUCUUUGCAAGGUGACAUUUCGAAACUACUAGAGAGAAAUCGAGAGCUGGAGGCUAAGCUAGCGGGGGAAAGAGAGAUGGAAAUUUUUUUACAAGCCGAUGAGAGGUUUAACGUUCGUAUAAUACAUAUACCCGAAUCCACAUCCAGAGAAAGGGUUUUGGAUCUAAGAAUUGCUCACAGAGGAGACAACAUUGGGGCUGAUGAUUUGAUCAUAAGGCUUCUAGAGUUCUUAAAGCAUAUCAACAAUGUGAGUUUAGUAUCAAUCGACGGUAAAACCCGAGCUAGAGAAGAUGGAGUUACUUCGGUCAUUCUCGUGAGCUUAAGGCUCAAGAUUGAGGGUGAAUGCGACGAAUCAGCCUUCCAAGAAGCAAUCAGAAGAGUUGUUGCUGACUUGGCUCACUGACAAUAAGUUUGAUUAUUUCCUAAAUCCUAACCGUAUGUUUAAUUCUUAUAAUCAUAGUUUCGUUUCUCUUCUACGCUUACAACUUAUAAUAAUAUACAUAAAAUUAAUGAUUGAUGUUAUUUACGGACAGUCUGUUUUGUUACGCUCGCGUUCGGCGGCUCAUAUCGUUUUCGAUGGUCCUCUUCGUGUUCUUAUUACUGUAGACUGUUUCAGCCGUUCGUCGCUAUUCCGUGAAUCAAUCUUGACCCAUUGUUUCUGUCAAUUAUUAUUGUUGUUAACGUCGUAUAUAGGCAAUAUUUAUUUAAAUGAAGCUGAUGUAAGCUUUUCUUUAAAAAUACAUGUUGGUAUAUUUUAUUUAUGAUUGAUGGGUAAUGUAUAAUUUAGUAUUCAAUCAUUGUACUUUCCGUCCGCACGUAGUCCGUACCGGUUUAAGUUGUAGAGAUUUUUUCGUUUUCUGUUUUGUUUAAUAAGUUGCAUAUAUUUUUUUUUAUUGUGUUCUAAUUUUAUAAGAGCAUCCAAUCAUCGAUUUUAGUCUCGUUAAUACAAUAUAUGAUCUUGUAGAAGAUAUACCAAACAAUUUUUUUAUUUAAAGAUAUAACAUAUAAAAUUGUGAGUCACGAUCUAUAGAAUCUCUCUGAAAUAUAUGUGGCUAAGUUUGAUGUUCUUCUGUCGCCCAAAUUGACUGAACUUUUUUCUUGCUAAAUGGAGAAAGGAAACGAUUACGACAUCUCAAGAUAAAAAAGGAAAAGUGAAAUUUCAAGAGACUGAAAACAUAUGGAUUUUUAUCAAAAAAAAACAUAUGGAUUAGUUCCAUUUAAGGAAUAUACCUAGUUCUCCAAAGUGCACUUUGAAUCAAACGUAUAAUUAUUAUAUGCUUUAUUUCUUUGUGUAAUAACAAAGAAAUUAUAAGACAUAAGUUUUGCAACAUAUAUAUAAUUCAAAAAAAAACUGCAAUACCGAAAAACAAAUUUUCUUAAUACAGAUUAUUUGAUAGACAAUGAACGUCAUUACAAAACUUAAAAGAUGCAAUUUACCAUUUUACAAGUAUGAACUAAAAAAUAUCAUUUGAUUUUCGAAAAAUAAAUAAAAUGUAAUUGCGAAGAAAAUGAGGGUAUGUGGGCUAGAGUGUCGCAGAACAAAAACAUUUGCAGUCUGCAGAAAAUUCAGAACUUAGGUUUUUGGAAGACGGCAGUUUUGACCCGAUUCAGAUUAAGGAAGAACCUUCUUCUAAGGUAAUCAUCUCCGAACCUCGUAAAGCUUUAUUAACUUUUUUUCUAUAUCAGCUACUCAGGUUAUUGAAAUAAUCUUUAUCAUAUUAUAUAUUGAGAGACUCCUAUGUACAAUGUAUUUAAAAGAAUAAAUCAACACUUAAACACGUGGAGCUUUAGAAGAUUAUGCUUCUAGUUACUUAAAGAUGAAAAGGAGGUCGGCUAUUUUAAUAGAAAAAAGUGAGAAACCCAAAAGCUUAGUUAAAAUGUCCUGAAACAUUGUAUUUAACUAGAUUUUUAGUACUAUAUAUUCCUUCCGUUUCAAAAAGUUACAUAUUUUAAAAAAAAAUUAUUUAAAAAAUAUAUUUUUAAUGCAAUUUUUAUCAAUUAAUAAUGAAAAAUUGCAAACUAUAAAAAUAUUAAUUAUAUUUUUUAAGUCUUGUUUGUUUAAGAAUAUAUAAAAUAAAAAAAUUACAAAAAACUAUACAUUAAUAACUAAGUUUUAUUAUAUUUUAUUAAUACAUGUGAAAAUCCUAAAACAUAUACUAGAUGAAGUAUUUAGUCGUGACAAAUAGCUAUAUAUAUAUUCAUCAUAUUAUAUAAUAUUGGCAAUUGAAAUUAUGGAACCAAAAAACGGGCUGAUCUUAUAGACUCUUUGUAUGUACACAUCAAUAAAUAGAUAUAUUGUAAUUAAGAUGAAACACUAGUAUUGUCUGUUAAUUUAUACACAUCAUUUUAAUACAUUUGGUAUACUUAUAUAUGUUAUAUUUUAUUCUUUUUGACAUCAUAUGUUACGUUAAAUAGAAAUUAAUGUUUCUCAGCAUUCGUAUCAUCGAAUCAUUUUAUCUUUAUUAUAUUAAGAUAUAUCUUUAUCUUUAUUUAACAUUUUUACCAAAAUAGAAGAAUUAUUUUAUGUUUCCUUUUUUUUUUUUCCCAAAUUGAAUUCAUUCAUAAUCGAAUUACCGGUAUUCAUACACAAGCUGGCGGCAAAACGAAAUAGCCCCAGAACCAAAAGCCCAUAAGAAGCGGCGGCUAAAACCCACACUGGGGCGACUAAAACCCACACUCGGGUGAUUUGAAACAAACACAAACUAUAAAAACUAAAUCAACACUAGCACCAAAAGCACGUUAACAUCCACGCAAAAGCCACAUCAGAUCACUUAGCAAUUUUUUAAAACAGAGUAAAUGUCAAUGGUCGGGAAGUACCGCUGCUGCCUAUAGCCCGCCACCCGGCACCCUCCACUACUGCACCCAAACCACACUUAUCGCUGCUGCUCGCCGCCAAACGAUAAGACCAAAACCCGGGGACUUCAAACCUCGACAAGGGGAACCACUGCUCGGUCCACGCGCCUUGGAUACAUAAACACUCUACGAUCAAAGAAAGAAGCUCGCCCAACCACCAAGAAGAUGAAGCCUUGCCAAGAACCUCUCCAACACUCACGGGAAAGGAACCAAACGACAAGCAACCAAAUGACACAUAACCCCUAGAACAAAGACUGCUAAGUCACAACCAUCAAGACGCUUACACCCAUGGCCUAUAACGAUUAAGACUCACACACCUAACGGUACAAGAGCCCAAUCAAAACGCUAAUUACCAUAGCUGGGGAUGCAAAAGACGGGACAGAAACAACCGCCGCAAGGACAAGACCCCCAAUUCCCGCUCGUCCACUCCACCACAAAGACCCAGCUUUGAAUAAGAAACGAUGACAAGAACACUGGACGAGUCCGCCAUGAACCUCGCGCAUCACCUAGACAUGGAGAGCACCGCAAAAGUCUGAAGGAGAAAACCAGAUCUGUCGGUGACACUUCCCAAAAGCCGACUCCCUUGCUCUACCAAGCUCACACCAACUCGUCGGAACACCAGAAAGCUCACCCACCGGCGAAGAUAGUUCUCCACAGAGCAGAACCCGACACUUACCGACGUUGAAAAACCCAGAAUCCCAGAACAUAUCGAAGAUGGAUCUUGUUAGAACCAGGAAGCAAUGAUAAAACUAGAUCUAAGAGAAAAAGUAGCUUCCGACGUCGGAGAGACCAACGCCGGAGCAAAGCAGGAAGAACACUUUCUGAAACUUUGGGAGAAAAGAGAGAGAAGAGAGAGGCGUGACCAGUGUUUCAAAUCUGUAGUCUUGAAUUAUUUUAUGUUUCCUUUAAAAUCCCCUUUAAAAGAGACGUGAUUUAUCAUAACUCAUAUACCUGAUACUAUUUCCGAAUAGUUUCAUGGCCCUACUUCCAUUUGUAAAAAGUCAGCUCUUUUAAGAAAAUUGGAACUUCAAAUGAAUCAAACUAAAGUUCUGAAUAAUUGUACACGCGAGACCUUUUUGAUUAGUAUCCAUUGAUUGAAUACUCUGAUUUCGUCAAAAGAUAAUGAUUGAUUAUUUAAAUUCCAAGAUGUUUUUUUUUUUGCUAACAAAUACUAAGUAAUUUCACUCCUGUGUUUUGUUAGGUUGUGACUUGUGAGGGAACAUAACUCUAUAGACUUUUUGUUUUGUUUGACAAAAACUCUGUAGACUAGUAACAUAGAUUUAGAUAGCAACCCACAUUCCUCAAUUCUUUGAUUAAUUCGUGCUACUAAAGCUGUUACAAAUGACUUUAUCAGAAAUUCAUAAUUUACAAGCCAUCUUUGAAAUAAAUUCAAAGACAAAAGGCGCCCUUUAUAACAAUUUUAAUCAUAGAUUUAAAUUAGUCAAAAAUAUAAUGUUAGUGCCAUAAAACUUCUAAUAUUUUGGAAUCCUAAAAAUGUUUUAAAAAAUAUUUCUUACCACUGGUAUUAUUUAGUGCCAUAAACAAAAUUAUAAAUUGCAGUAUAUACCGUCUAUUUAGGAAUAAUAAUCCUCUUGCUUAUGAAUUUCAAUUAAAAAAAUAAAAUUAUUUGAUUAGAGUCCACAUCCUACAUAUAUUUAACUAGCACGGAAUUCCAAAUGCAUAUAGUAAACGUAAAAUAUUUGAAAAUGCGGAUGCAACUUUUUUUUUUUUUUGUAGGAAGCGAAUAUGUUUGGGAAACAUCCAUAAAGUAUACAAUAAUUAAUAUGAAAUUUGUUAGCCUAAAUUAGGAAUGUCAAAAAGAAGUAAUUAAAUUACUACAUACAAGAUCAUAACAAAAAAAA